AUGUCGAAAUCAAUGGAUGCCGCCUCCUUCCUUCAAGAAGCUUUCCAAUUUGUGGUAAACACAGUCGAUGACUGGAAGAGCGAAAUACCUGAAACACUUGCAUUCCAACGUGAGAUCGGCCACGUUCAAGAAAUUAUUGGCCCCGUUGCCACCGACGAUAAAAACGAUCUCCACAACUGCUUGUCAACUUUUAUCAACAACGGUUGCAAGAACGGAAAUUCCAAGUCAACGCAUGAAGCAAUUCUCAAGGAUAUCCUGCGAGCGGUUUAUAACGGAAAAAAGCGCUUGGCAAAAUACUAUAGCGAAAAGAGUAGUAGCGUUGCACUAUUGCCUCUACCCAUUUUCAAACGUAAAGUCAAUGUCACAGGUUGCAGAAAAGAUAUUGAGGCGCAGGCCAACAGCAUACUGUCGGGGCUCGACCAGCUAUUCCAGCUAACUCACAUUGCGUCAAAGGCCAACAGGCCCACAACCGCCAGCUUUGAAAAGGACUUGACCAAGGAAUGCUACUUGUUCUGGAAACGAUCCAUGGGUCAAGACAUUAUCGGCAGCUGGGACACGUUUAUCAGCGCGUACACAAAACUGUACGCCAAUUUUCAGCCCCUUGAUCUUGACUAUACCCAGACAUUGCUCUGUGCAAAAGACGGUAAGACGAUGACACUAUACGGCUUCAUUGCCGUCACUCGGAAACACGCGUUUCCGUUUGAGAGCAUGGCUUCGCAUGCAUCAGUCAACAGCACAGCCACGAGUGAAGAAGCGCGUGCAGAGAUAGCAAAGAUGGUGAUACCUCUCGUUACCGAGUUCUCAUCACAGGAAAUGCAAGCACAUCUCGUCGCUUUAUACGGCUGGUACAAAGGCACCCCGCGCGACGAUGCGAAAGCCCUACAGAAUCGAGCAGACGAGUGGGCUCUACUUGUUAAAGCAUCAAGGCAGCAGACGGACACAAAGACAGAUAUGCACACAGCAGCAGAUGGUGUUGAUGCUGCACGACGUGCAAUCAACUUUUUUUACCAGCGAUUCAUGAUGAUGUGGCGUAUCGGCCCCAUUUCAAGAGACAUGUUUGCCAGUGCUGGCUUUCCCGGAAAGCCGCGCAUCAACGAUUUUUUACGAUACGUUCAGCCCCUGGAUCGGGCAAAUCUUACAGUGAUUAUUGGCAAACAAGAUGUCGAUUGGAAUAGCAAGAAACCCGAAGUUUAUGGCUUCUUAGAAACGCUUUUGUGA